AACUGGAGAACCGAGACGCAUCUUGAGGUCGCAAUCUUCCGCGAUGACGAGUCGCAGCAGUUAUACUGGCUCUGAGUUUUCAGAGGAGGAGUUGGAGUUGAGUCUGGAGGCUCGGGUAGAUGAUGACAACGGGCAGAAAGGCUCCUACAUCGAUAGCGCAAGCCCCAGGAGCAGCCUCAGCGAGGCCGAAGAGGGUCGGCCGAAGAAGCGCAGCAGGCCGGUGCGAUCCAAGGCCCGUAGGGUGGCAGCCAAUGUGAGAGAGAGGAAGCGGAUUCUGGAUUAUAACCAGGCCUUCAAUGCAUUACGUGUGGCACUCCAUCAUGACCUGAGUGGCAAACGACUUUCCAAGAUAGCCACGCUGCAACGUGCCAUCAACCGCAUCUCAGCGUUAUCUGUGUUUCUAAACAACAACCCACCCAAUGCAACCAGCAAAGCGUGCAACCACCGGGAAUGCCACGGACAACCCGGACAAGUGUCCCAAACCCAUUUGGAGCCCCAAGGCUAUGUGUCCUGGGAGCAACCACUGGCGCACCAGAUGCAGAUGCACAGGCUGCCUUCGGAGCAGCAAUCCUACAUGGACCAUUUGAGACACGUGGGAUCAACCUGUCCGCUGUCACCACGCUAUUCCUGCUACUCUCCCGAUGUCCAGCUUUAUGCCGCAGGUGGAUCCUGUGGCAGUCCUGCAAGUGACAAUUCUAGUCCUCCUCUAUACGGGCGACUGGGUGACGGUUUGGGCUGCCAGGCUGGAGUUUGGGGAUCUUGCUCCCAAAGCUAUAUGGAUAACGAGGCAACUCAGACUCUACCGUUUUCCUGGCACAUGGGUUAUCUCCAGGAGACAGGUCCGCAACACUGCUACCCAAUGCUAUGA